GCGUAGCGGUAAGAAUUACAACGUUACAACUGAUGCCUCUAGAAUGUGUAACUACUACGUACCACCAGCCGAACAUUAGUCACAUUCUGUUGUUACACCACGCACGUCAAUUGUUUUAUAGAUUAUAGUCGAUUAGAUUUCAAAAAUGAGUAAAACAAUUCAAAAUAACGUUAUUAUCUUAUUGACCGUGGCUAUUUCAAUAUUUAUGUUUACCAAUCAAAAACGGUACAUGUCAUGUGUAGUAACACUAUUGAUCACUGGAUACCUCACUUUCGCCAACUGGAAUAUAUUAAUCAGAAUAAUAAAAACUAUUCCCCGAGACGCAAAAAUAAUUAAAGGCUUCAUCACAUACUAUACGAAAAUAAAAAUACUGAAUUUAUUGGGCUACGACACAUUUGCAAAGAUUUUCAAAACUCUAGUGACUAAACAUCCAAACAAAAUAGCAUUUAUACAUGAAGAUUCGUCGUGGACUUAUCAAAAGGUAGAGGACUACAGUAAUCAAAUAGCAAAUUAUUUUAAACACCGAGGAUAUAAACGAGGAGACACAGUUUCGUUAUUAAUGGAAAGUUGUCCAGAAUAUGUUUGUAUUUGGUUGGGUUUAUCGAAAAUUGGUGUUGUAGUUGCUUUAACAAACAAUAAUCUUCGAGCCGACACGUUGUUACAUUCUAUAAAAAUAUCAAAGUGUACCGGAAUUAUAAUUGGGAAAGAGCAAGAAAAAGCAUUAGCAGACCUAUACACUGAAACUAAUGAAAUUCAAAUGGAAGUAUACAUGAUGACCAGACGUUUGGACGAUGAAUGCAAUUCAAUUAUUAAGACUGCAGUGUCACUAGAUAAAGAACUAGUAAGCAUGUCAUCAGAAUCUCCCGAGGAAGACAUACGCAGAGGUUCUUGUACUGAUGAAAUGCUUUAUAUUUAUACAUCUGGAACAACGGGAUUGCCCAAAGCUGCUAUUAUGACUCAAUCUAGAGCAAUGUUAAUAGGAAUGGGACCUAUAUAUGUUGCUGGAAUAUAUGAACACGAUAUUGUAUACACUCCAUUACCAUUAUAUCACACUGCUGGAGGUGUUUUAGGAGUAAGCUCAGUACUUUUAGGCGGAUCGACCUGUGUUAUUAGAUCCAAAUUUUCUGCAUCCAAAUAUUGGACAGAUUGCAUUAAACAUAAAUGCACAGUUGCUCAAUAUAUUGGAGAAAUGUGCCGGUAUUGUUUAGCUGCACCUGCAUCUGAUAGUGAUAAAUGUCAUCAAGUAAGGAUGAUUUUGGGAAAUGGUCUACGUCCUCAAAUAUGGGAGGAGUUUGUAAAGCGUUUUAACAUUAAACAAGUAGUUGAGUUUUAUGGAGCAACCGAAGGAAAUGCCAAUAUGAUGAAUAUUGCAAAUAAAGUUGGUUCAAUAGGAUUCAUUCCAUUGAUUGCUCAACCAUUUUAUCCUCUUAAUUUGCUACGUAUUGAUCCAAUUACCAAUGAACCAAUUCGAGGAAAGGAUAAUCUGUGUAUUAAAUGUAAAGUAGGAGAACCUGGAUUAUUGGUUUCAAAAAUUAGAAAAAGCACUCUAAAUUCAUUUACUGGUUAUGUUGAAAAGUCGGCGACAGAAAAAAAAAUGAUAAGAGAUGUUUUUCAAAAAGGAGAUUGUGUAUUUAAUUCUGGUGAUGUCUUAAUACGUGAUGAGUAUAAUUUCUUCUAUUUUAAAGAUCGUACUGGAGAUACUUUCAGGUGGAAAGGCGAAAAUGUUUCAACAACAGAAGUAGAAGCCGCAAUAAGUAAUAUAAUCAAACAACAAGACUGUAUCGUUUAUGGUGUGGAGGUGCCUAAUACAGAAGGAAAGGCUGGAAUGGCAGCAAUUGUAGACCAAACUGGAGAAUUGGAUUUAGAUAAAUUGAUUAUAGGAAUUAAUAAAUCGCUACCAGUUUACGCUAGACCAAUAUUUUUACGAAUAAUAAAAACAUCAAUAUCGUUAACUGGCACUUUCAAGUUAAAAAAAACAGAUCUACAAAAUGAUUCGUACGAUUUUCAAAAAACGGCGGGCGAUUCAUUAUAUAUAAAUGAUGGAAAUAAAUAUGUGCCAUUAACUCAAGAACUAUAUGAUCAAAUUUUAAAAGGCACACGGCGGCUUUAAACAUAUUAUAUAAAUAACAUUUAAGCCUGGUAUUUUGUUGAAAAAUGAAUGAAUUAAAAAGAAAAUGUUAGCUUAGGGGAUACCAAAGACUAAAUUAAAUAAGGGUAUAUCUGUGAUAAAUUUCUUAUACUAUACAAUAAAUUGAAUAAUAUAAUAAUGCCAAUGUUAUUGUUUAAAUAACCUGUACAAAUUAAUAUUAAAUUUUAACGCAAUUA